AUGGCCGCAACUCCAAUUCCUGUCCCUAAGCCAGGCGAGGGCGAGCCAAUUGUCUUUUUCGACAUUACAUUAGGUGGCGAACCACUAGGCCGGAUCAGAAUGCACCUUUUCGCCAACACGGUUCCCAAGACCGCCGAGAAUUUCCGCCAAUUCUGCACGGGCGAACAUAAAGUCGGUAGCCGGCCUCAAGGGUACAAAGGGAGUAAAUUUCAUCGAGUGAUCAAAUCCUUCAUGAUCCAAGGUGGCGACUUUCUGCACUCAGACGGCACGGGGUCGACGUCAAUCUACAACAAUGCUUCGUUCGCCGACGAGAACUUUACGCACAAGCACACGCGCCCGGGCUUGCUGAGCAUGGCCAAUUCCGGACCCAACACGAACGGCUGCCAGUUCUUCAUCACGUGCGCGCCCACGCCGUUCCUCGACGGCAAGCACGUCGUGUUCGGACAGGUCGCCGACGACGAGAGUAUGAAGGUCGUGAGGAUGAUUGAGAACACGAGGACCGCCGGACCAGGUGGGAGGGGACAGGGAGAGAGACCAGUUUUGGACGUCCGGGUCAGCGAGUGCGGUGAGAUGUGA